AUGCAACCCGGUCGCAUCUUGAAAGUCGCCAUUCCGAUUCUUGGCCUUGCUUGCCUAGCAGUCGCGGACCUCUAUCCUGGCCAGGUCGCUGGUCCUCUAAGCCAAACCUACCAAGAUUUCGACGAUGUGCGCGACCUUGCAGAACGUAUGACAGAUGAAAACGUCAAGAAGAACCUCGCAGAUAUUGUCAAAACCCUGGACAGUAUGAACCAGAACCUCAAGCGGGCGGCAGAUCUCUGGAACGGAUCAUCUGGUGAGGGGGCGAUUUUACCCACGUAUCGCCAGCACUGA